AUGUUCGUUACAAAGACCACAAUCCUUGCUUACUUCGCAGCUCAGGCAGCGGCUAUGCCAUUGGUCGCCGGAGCUGUAGACGCCGGAAAUAUUGUCGCCCGUGGUGAUAUUGACAAGGACUUUGCCUAUUACAUUUUCAAAAGAGACGCGGAGGCUAAGAAGGAAGCGGACGUCAAAGGUGUCGACGAACCUGAGAAGGCAGGGGACAUUGACAAGGACUUUGCCUACUACAUCUUCAAAAGAAGUGCCGAGAAGAAGGUGAGCCGCGCCCCUUGGGAUGCCGAGCUGGACUUUGCCAACUUUGAAUUUAAGAACCGUCGGGAGGAGCCUAAGAACAAAGAGUAA